AUGGUUGUAGUACCUAGGAGGAGGAUUUCUAUGCAACCUGAAGCCAGCAGACGAUAUUCAGAACCUGCUGUCUGUGUCUCAGGUGGAGACUGGGAUAUUGUUCCACUCCAUAAUGCAUUCUUGCCAGGUACUGUAAAGUUACCAAAACGAUUUCAACGUUUCAUUAAACGUACUAAUUCCUAUCGAGACCUCGAAGACAUGCAGUUAACCAAUGCAUCAACAUGUAAUGGUACUGAAAAUCAGGAAAGUCGAAUGGCUGAUUUGCAACAGGCAAUUCUUUGGUUAAGGCAUGAACUGAUUGAUCUUCGCCAACAUGAUGUCCUUUUAAGAAGACAGUUUCUGAAUAUUCAAAAUACAGUAGAAAGCAUGAAACAAAAACGUAAAUCAGAGGAACUACCAGAAGAGGAAGAGGAGGAAGAUGAUGAUUUGGACAAUGAACUUGAACCACCUCCUUUUCCAUGCCUGAUGAGAAAUAGAAGCUUAAUCAUUAGAAAACCUACAAAUGAUACGACAAUCAAUUCAUUUGAUACAGAACAAGAAUUUCGGCCACGAACAUCUUCUACACUAACAGCCCGAGACUUGGCUGCCAAAGCUAGAAGAAGAGAUAGCAAAGAACUUUGUUUAUAG